AAUGGUACUGUUUGCAGUGAUGCUCAGAGGGCAGGCACCUGCUGCUCUGUAAUGAUUCAGCCUCUUUCAGCCACUGCGUUAACACGACAGGAUGCUGUUGCUACUGUCGCUGCUGCCUCUCCUGCCGCCGCCGCUGCUGCCGCCGCCGCCGCCUCUGGUCUUGCUUUUGCUUUUACUUCUUCUGCAUGACAGUUGUUUUCUUCCUCUAAGCAGACACCAGCUUCAGACGCUUGAGGUGAGAAACAUGCCUUUCAGUUUGGGAUACUGGUUUACUUAAUGAGUCAGGC